CUAUCGGCACCAAACGAAUCGUACGCUAUUCCGAACCUCACGUGGUUCCACCCGCGCAUUACCGAUUACGCGCCAAAACAUCUUCCUAUGAAAUAUUCAACUUUUACGUCCUCCAGUACACCUAAUACUUUAAAAAAUCUCUCGAAAAAAUGUGCCUUAAGUAUUCCUAAAUACCUCUAGUUUAUCGGUUAUUUUUUUCGUCGGAAAUGUUAAAAUAAAGUUGAGUUUUUCGAAAUACAUUUUGCGAUAAUGUGGCGCUGGAAUUGAGCGAAGCAAUUCUUCCUUCGUGUUAUUUUUUUGGUGUUCUUGCUGCUUUCCUUACAAUUUUCAAGAAUGUUUACACGUUUUGAUGCUAACAAAUCGACCAAGGGUGCCAGCAAGCUUAGAAGAGACCUUAUUAAUGCGGAGAUAGCUAAUUUGAGGGAACUGUUACCUUUACCACCCUCAACGAGACAAAGGUUAUCUCAGUUACAACUCAUGGCGUUGGUCUGCGUCUACGUGAGAAAAGCAAAUUAUUUUCAACAAGCAUUUAAAUGCCACGAUUUAGGAUUGCAUCAAACACCAACGCCCAAUAUAGGAUUCUCUAAGGCUCUGAGUGGGUUUCUCAUGAUGAUGACGCAAAAUGGAAAACUAUUGUACAUAUCCGAUAACGCUGCUGAGUACCUGGGUCAUUCCAUGGUGAGUGUAAUAAAGGAGGAUUUACUUAUCCAUGGAGACAGUGUGUAUGAUAUAAUAGACAAGCAAGACCACCAAGCCAUUCAGUGUGAACUAGGAAGGCCCUUGCUGAAUUCUGGAGCAAACAACAAUCCCCAGGAUGAAAUCAGGCUGUUCCUAUGCAGGAUGAACGUUUCCAGGAAUGCCAGGAGACAAAUGAGGUUCGGGGAUCAAAAGGUCGUACUUGUACAAGGACGUUAUUUGUCAUUUCUACCGCUGUGCAGUCGAAAUGAGCCGGUGUUUUUGGCCACCUGCACACCUGUGGCCAUGCCUGAAACUCGAGAAUGUGUUGUCCAAGGUGCGACAAAUGUAUUCACAUCAAUCCAUUCAAUGGAUAUGAAGUUCAUUCAUAUAGACAACAACGGAGAAUUUUACUUAGGAUUUCCACGUGCUGAGCUCCAAGGAGUGUCAUGGUAUCGAUUGCUUCACUGGGACAGCAUUAGAGAAGCCCAAACUAAACAUAGACUGAUAACUCAAUCCGAGCAAGAGAGAUCCUGUAUACUCCUAGUUCAAAUGCAAAGGCGUUCUGGCGAAUGGCUCUGGAUGCACUGCGUGCUACAAGUUAAAGAAAGCUCCGAGAGCAAUCAACAGCCUGUGAUUGUCUGUACAAAUCAAGUCCUCAUGGAAUCUGAAGCCGCUGUUAUGAGAACAAACGGGUGGCUUUACCAUUACUAUUCCGUCCAAAAUAAGUUACAGUAUGGACUAGCGUACGAUUCAGGUCAUCCUUCUAGACUUCUUUACUAUUCUGAAAGAGCUGGGCAUGGUACAGUGGAUUUUGGUACGGCCCACGAAGCCGCUCCGUACCCUCACAUCGCUACGAUGCCUGUAGCUUUACAACCACAACUCACGCAUCACGCUGCAGCUACUCACGCACAUCACAAUCAACACCAUCAUCACCACCAUCACAGGCGUGCUGAUUCCGAGCCCGUGGAUUACAGCUAUGGUAAAAGAAAACCCAAAGAUCUCAGAACCAUAGAAUUGCACGUAGAGGCUACUGAAACCGAUGCUGGUGGCGGAGGAGAUGGACUACUAGUGAUCUCACAUCUUUCUGAAAGACCCAGGACACUGCUUAAGGUUGAUCCUCAAGAGCUGAUGGAUCAGUGGAACCCUAGUCCUCCUUGGUCGGAUACUUUGCAGAAAGUACCGGACUUGUGUCAUCAGGAACUGAGUCCUUACGUUGGGAGCACACCACCUACACCGACGGCCACUCCAAGUACUCAAUCUGGUGGUGCGUUUUCCUUUGACUGGACUCCUGAACAGUUUGUCCCUUCGAUGAGCGUUCCUCCGGUUAGUACCAUGUGCGACGAGGUGGAGCGACCAGUUUUUUGGCCUUCUGAGAGGAGAUUGUUUCCUUUGCUACCCCCACCAAAAAGAAACCAUCCCUCAAAUGGUCGUUCUGAGUCUGCAGACAGAGAAACACCUUAGCGUUGCUCCUAGUGGUGCAUAUUAGUGCAAUAUUCUACCUUUGAAAACUUUUAACUUUACAAAAGUAUUAUCGAGUAUUUUUUUAUAUAUAUUUUUAAUUUCAAGGCAAUUAUACUUAUGUAAACAAUGGUCAGUAAACAAAUUAGUUUGUGGCAUUAAAAAUUUAUAUGUAUUUUUUGAGCUC